ACUUCAAUCAACACAUACUGCUACAUUUAGUUUGUAAACAAUAAUCAUGGCUUUCAACAAAUUCUCUUUAGUAGUUUUAGUGCUUUCUCUUCUUUCCUACUCAACAUUCACUGAUGCUAAUGGUUGUCCACCAUCACCAAAUCCAAAACCUUCACCCGCUGCUUCUCCACCGUCUUCCCAAAGUUCCUGCCCUAAGGACACCUUAAAGUUAGGGGUUUGUGCCGACCUAUUAGGGUUGGUUAAUAUUGUUAUCGGAGACCCUCCUUCGGGUAGUACUUGUUGCGCAUUGAUCAAAGGUUUGGCUGACUUGGAAGCCGCAAUAUGUCUUUGUACCGCACUUAAGGGCAAUGUGCUUGGAAUCAACUUGAAUGUGCCUAUCGCGCUCAGUUUGAUCCUUAGUGCUUGUCAGAAAACCGUUCCUUCUGAUUUUCAAUGCGUCUAAGAGGUUUUGUGUCUGUUGUCGAAUAAGUAUAUACGUGCACUAUAAUAAUUGUUUCUCGUACAAGAGAAAUGUUUGUGUUUUAAAGAAUUGUUAGCAACACAUUCUCUAACGCUUUUAGUAAAAACAUUUUGCUAUGUUAUCGGUUGAAGAACGUGUUACUACCAAUUUUUUAAACUUAUUUUAUGUCAGUUGUUAAUGUGUAAUUUGUUCAAACAUUAAUGUGUGUAGAUCUGUUAAUUGAGAUGUUUCAUUAAACUAAUAAUUGGGUAAGAUUGUUUUCCCAAAUUAUUGUCUUA